AUGGAAAAGAAAAAAGAAAAUACUAUAAAAAUAUCGCUUAACAUAAAUACUAAUACAAAAAAUGAAAAUUAUAUCAAUGCAUAUCCUGUAGGCAAUGGCUAUUCGAAGAUUAAAGCAAAUUCGAAGGAGGUUUCCGAAGCACUGAGCCUCAUUGAAGAUAUCAGGGGAGGAGCUUUUCACUACAAGGACUUGCAAGAAAUAUACUUCAUGAAUGAUACGGACCUAAUAAAAAUUAUAAAUGAGAUAAAGAAUGUGGAGGAGAAGGUAAAGAACAAUGUAGGCAUCAAAAACAUUAAUAACAGUGUAAAUAUGAACGAUCAUAGCGGUAUUCAUACGAAUAGUAAUAACAACGAAAACGUAAAUAUGAUUAAUGGAAUUAGCAGUGGUAUUAAUAAGAAUAAUAGUUUCAAUUAUAGCGAUGACUAUAGCCAAAAUUGUAAAUACAAGAAUGGGAAGGGAGGGAAUGUAUUUAUGCUCGAAAAUGAUGUAGAUAAGGCAUGCAUAAUAAGAUUUCCAUUAACUGUUGCAAAUGAAAUAAAAAAAUAUUUAUUAAAAAAAAAUUUGGAGCUAGAAAUAGAACCAACGAGUUUAUUAAAUUCAAGAUUUUUCUUAAUUCAUUUUAAAAAUAUAAAUAAGAAAUUUUAUGGUGUUUUACUUGAACUGUCCACACAUAUAGAAAUACACAAAACGCUCGAUAGAACCAACCUGUACAAAACAAAUGACGUAUCACAGAUCAUUUACGUGUAUGAUAAAGAUGAGAAGCACAGUAGUAACCGCUGUAGUGGCAGUAACGUUUGUAGGGGUGAUAAUUGCCUGACCAAUAGUAAACUUCUUGAACGGUUCAUAAAUAACAAUUUCCAGUUGGACUGUGGAAUUAACAGCAAAAUUGAUAAAUUUCAUUUUGAAAAUCAUGCAAAACUCUAUAAAUAUCAUGAUAUAUACUUUGCCGAAAAACUUAUAUCUGACUAUUUAAAUGCUAACUAUUAUGACUAUUAUGAUUUAUAUGUUAAAACAUACAAUGAGAUGAAUAAUCAUGUACGUAUAGAACGAGAAAGUAAUUUUAAACAAACAGAAAUAGUUGAUGAAGAUACAAACUUAUCCGAUAUAUUAAAUUCACUUGAUAACACAUGUAAUAUUAUGAAUCAAAUAGAAAAAGAAAAAGGUGAUAUCACGUUUGAAACGUUAUUAAAUUAUCAGAUAGACAAUGAGAAUUACGAAUCCGAUGUUUCCGAUUUGUUGCUAGGGGGCACCUAUUACAUGCGCAAGAAGAAGUGA